UAGUCCAAAUCACUGACUCAACUUGUCGUAUACAACGAUAAACGUCAAGGGAAUUGAAGUGAUUUAAUUUUCUAAAGUACAGACAGUCUGCUUGUCAUUACACACACACACACACAAUAGAGUCCUAGUGUGCAGCAUAAUAAGAGUCACAAGUGCUUAUGCAGCUCAGACUGAGGAAUUAUGGGACAGCAGCAUGCAUCAGUCCGUCCUGAAUGUCCAGAAUUGCAGAAGCAGGAGUGAAUAUGCGUCCGUACAGGUGUGUGUUGGGUGUGUGUGUGCUGGCGUCUGUGCUGAUCAGCACUGGAUCCAGUACAGAGGAGCAGAUGAAGCUGGCGGCAUUACUGCGCAGUGUGUCUCCAGCAGCACUGAUCCCAGAUCAGCCCCUCAUCAAGGACCUUCAAACUGCUGCUGGGCCCAAACUGCUGAUUAAAGACGGGACCAUCCAGGGCCUGGUGCUGGACAAGUCUUAUGUUUUUUAUGGGAUUCCGUUCGCCGAUCCACCUGUGGGAGCGUCCCGUUGGAAACCACCCCGGCCCGUCACGCCGUGGAGCGGGGUGCGUGAUGCCACCUAUCCCAGAGCGGCGUGCAUGCAGGCCUGCAUCCGACCCAUUUCUGAUGAGUGUCCCAAGAAGGUGAGUGAAGACUGUCUGUACCUGAACGUCUUUGUUCCCCUGAGCGUGAACUUCGCGGCGCCGCUGCUGAAGCCGCUGCCCGUCAUGGUGUGGAUCCACGGCGGGGAUUUCAUCGCGGGCUCCGCCUCCAAAGCGCUUUAUGAUGGACGUUACAUCAGUAACUUCACUCAAACGGUGGUCGUGAGCGUCGCCUACCGCCUGGGGGCUUUCGGCUUUCUAGUGUCAGGAAAAGACCCGAGGACAUCAGCGGUGGGGAAUUAUGGGAUUCUGGAUCAGCAGGCGGCAUUACUCUGGGUGCAACAGAACAUCGCCGUGUUUGGAGGAGACCCAAGCAAAGUGACUCUUUUUGGCGAGAGCGCAGGCGCUCAGUCGGUCAGUCUACAUCUGAUGAUCCAGAGCAGCAAACCGCUCUUCAGACAGGCCGUUUUCCAGAGUUUACCCUUCUCCAUUCCUCUGAAAACACGGCACGAGUCUCUGAAGCUGGGGAAGAACUUUGCAAAGACGGCCAACUGCUCGGUGGUGGACAUUGAGUGUCUUCUGUCCCUCAGUCCUCAGGCAGUGCUGAACGCACAGAUCAAAUCCAGCUCAAAGGUGAUCAAUCCCUUCCGCUUUCUGGAGGUGUUUGAGAGCUGGGGGCCGUAUAUCGACGGAGAACUGAUCAAGGAGCAGUCAGUGAGCGCCUUUCAGAAAGGACACUGGCAGAAGGAGAAACCCGUGCUGCUCGGGACCACCUCAGAAGAAGGCGUGAUCUUUGUGUACGGCGUCUUCACUAAGCCCGUGUCAGCGGUCGAAUGCACCGUCUACACGACGGCCAUCUUCAAACAUCACGCCAUCAAAAUCCUGCGCAAAUACCUGCCGCUCUACACAGACGCAGACCGCAGGGACAUGCUAGCACAGAUUGUGACAGACUACAUAUUCCUGUGUCCGUCCCGGAGAGCUGCCCGUGCCGGCGUGUUGUCCGGGAGCUCCGUGUGGAUGUAUGUGUUCGAUCACGUAGCGAGCGAUCCUCGCGUGUGGUCGGGCUUGACGUUCUGUUACCAUCACGUGUGUCACGGCGCAGAGCUUCCCUUCCUGUUCGACUCGGCCGUGGUGGCAAACUUCACUAUGACUCAACCUGAGCGACUGCUGUCCAAUCGCAUGCUGUGCUACUGGGGUGUGUUCGCCCACACGGCUGACCCUGGGUCACACACCGACAUGAGCGUGUUCUGUCAACAGCAGCAUCCUCCGGCGUGGCCGCGCUACACGGCUAACAGCGGCUGGCUGAUCAUGAACCUCACGACGCACUCGCACGCUCAGGCAGGAUCACGCAACGACAUCUGUGACUUCUGGGACACGCUUGGAAUCUACCCAUAA